GCUUUGUGGAAGGGCCCCAGAAAAGGCACAGAAGGAAACUGUCAGGGGUGACGACGGUGAGCUGGUUGCCGUGUAGAGUGGGUUCCAAAACUCAUCAUCCCUGUCUCACCUCCUUCUCCAGACUGUCUUCCCAUGCAGAGAAUCAGCACUGGUCAACAAACACUCCAGCAGGCGAAGGGGUCAGUUGAAAAUCAACUGUUGUUAAACUUUAUUUACAUUACUAUUUACAGUUGCAUUUCUCGGCUUCAGAGCAUAGCAUUCAUAGUCCAUCUUCAGCGAAUGCUCACGCCGAACUCAACAGAUAAGAUAAAACACAUUCCUCAGUCCGGAAGAAGUUCCGACCCCCAAAGGCCGGAAGUCAUGCCUGAUAGGUCAUAGCAAUCACAACAGGCUGUCAGUCAAAACUAGCCUGCUGUUAACUGUUUCAUUACUGAAAAAUACACUCUUGCUCAACAGCAGAAAACACUUGAUUUAUAUUUCAUACACAUACAACCAUAAUCCAACAGAAACAUCAUCCAUAGAUAAUAAUAAUAAUAAUAACAACAACAAUAAUAAUAAAUUUAUUCUUAUAUCCCGCCCCAUCUCCCCGAGGGGACUCGGGGCGGCUCACAACAGUAAUAAAAACAGUGACAAAUUACACAUUGUAAAAUCAAACAUGAAAAGCAGUCAUAAAAUCAAUACAUACAUCACAUGUUAAAAACAAGGAGAUAAAACAGUUCUAGGCCGAAAUAGAGGGCUUCUGUAGCUUCGUGGCAGAAGUAUUCAGCAAGGUAUCAAUAAUCAUGGCAGAACACUCUCUAAUUAAAUUAAAUGGGCAGACAAAUCAACCCCCAAAAAUUAAUUGUCGAAGGCCCUCUGAAAAGCCAGGUUUUAAGGCUUUUUCGAAAGGCAAGGAGGGUGGGGGUCUGUCUAAUCUCCCUCGGGAGUGAGUUCCAGAGGCGGGCGGGGGGCCACAGCGGAGAAGGCCCUCUCUCUCGUCCCCACCAGCCGCAACUGCGAAGGUGGUGGGAGCGAGAGGAGGGCCUCCCCCGAAGAGCGAAGAGAUCGUGCAGGUUCAUAGGGGGAGAUGCGGUCUCUAAGGUAGGUGGGUCCCAAACCGUUUAGGGCUUUGUAGGUGAUCACCUGCACCUUGAAUUGGGCCCGGAAAACAAGAUAGAAGAAGGCCUUCCUCCUGACCUUGCUGUGUCUAUCCCUCCCCAUUUCCUGAGGAGGGGGUGGGGAGGGAGGCCUGAGGGAGGGGCCCCAAAGGAGGCUGUUGUGGGGAGAGGUCUGCUCCUGGGGGGGGGAGGGGCCUGGCUUCAGACCAAGAAGGGAAGGGGGAGAAGAAGACCACCCCUGCCCCAGACUGCGGUGGAUGAUCCUUUUUUGAAGGCUUUUAAACAGAGGCUGUAUGGCCAUCUCUUGGGGGUACUUUGAAUGUGAUUUUCCUCCUUCUUGGCAGGUGGUUAGACUGGACGGGCCAGGAGGUCUCUUCCAACUCUAUGGUUCUACAGUUCUGUCAGCCCUGUCCUUGUCUUCCUCAAUUGAGUAUGGUUGAGUCUGCCUGCCCCGUCUGGCAUAAAUCUGCCCACAUGAAGCAUGUGAAUAAUAGCACUGAAUGAAAUAUGUGAAUAAUCACAGGAUGUCUUAAACCUACACCUACUGAUAGACUUUAGAAGCUAGCUGGUGUGAUGGGAAGUUGCUGGAAAAAUGGCUUGAAACUACAGAAAAGGAGAUUCCACCGGAACAUUAGGAAGAACUUCCUCAUGGAGAGAGCUGUUCAGCAGUGGAACUCUCUGCCCCAGACUGGUGGAGGCUCCUUCUUUGAAGGCUUUUAAACAGAAGCUGGAUGGCCAUCUAUCAGGGGUGCUUUGAAGGCGAUUUUCCUGCUUCUUGGCAGAAUGGGACUGGAGGGCCCACCAGGUCUCUUCCAACUCUGUGAUUCUAUGACUCUAUCUAUAUAUAUAAAAGGGUAAUGAAAUUUCGGCCUAGGACAAAACAACAAAACUACACACCCCAGAAACACUAAACUUGGCAGCACAACUCGUCAUCCAUGCCUCUACGUUCAUACAACAAAAAGAAAACAAAAAUAAAGUCCUAAUUAGAGGGAGAGGAAGAAUUGUUUUUAUCCAAUUGCUGCCAGUUAGAAGGCUAAGCUCCGCCCGCUUGGUCUCCUAGCAACCCACUCAGGCCAGGGGACAGGCAGAGUUAGGCCUCACUUGGCCUCUUCCACACUGCCUAUAAGAUACAGAUUAUCUGAUUUUAACUGGAUUACAGUAUAUGGCCCUUCCAUACAGCUAUAUAACCCAUUUAUAAUUUUAUAUAAUAAUAAUAAUAAUAAUAAUAAUAAUAAUAAUAAUAUUAAUAAUAAUAAUAAACUUUAUUUUUAUAUCCCACCCCAUCUCCCCGAAGGGACUCGGGGCGGCUCACAACAGGGACAAGCCCGAACAACGACAACAUAUUUAACAUAAACUUAAAACAUUCCAACAAUACACAAAAUAAAAUAAUGGACAAAUACAUUAAAAUCCAAGCAGAUAAAAUCAGAGAAAUUAAAAGCAACCCAGUGGGGACAGGUUUCAUAAAGUGCUGCCAGUUAUCUGCUUUGAACUGGAUUAUCUGGACUCCACACUGCCAUAUAAUCCACUUCAGUGUGCAUUUUAUACAGCUGUGUAGAAGGGGCCUCAUAUAAUCCAGUUCUAAGCAGAUAAUAUAAGAUUAUAAAUAAUUACUGUGAUAUAAUAAUACAGAACAAUAUAAUCUCUAAAAUCAGGACAGUAAAUAAAGAGCAGCACUCUGAAAGCAUAAUCCACAGCAACGUGUGGCCGGGUAAAGCUAGUAAUUCUAUAAAGUCAUUCUGCAUUCAUUCUACAGCCUAGAUGUGGCCCAAAUCAGGAAAGCCUUAUAGAAUCAAAUGAUAACAUUCGGAGACCCCUUGUAGACCUCUUCCAAAAGGCACCCAGGGAAGACUUUCUCCACAGCUUCCAGUUUUGUGAUUCUCUUUGCCUGGCUUGACUGCUAGAUCUUGUUUUUAUUUAGUCUGCCGGGGAGGGUGGUGGGGAUAGCGACUUAUCUCCUCCCGCUUUCCUCUUUGUUUCACCCAUGUUCUGUGAGGCAUUUGUGUGGCGGCUUCUAUAGGGGGGUUGCAUAGAGCAGAUGCCCGUUCUUCCCCACAUGGUGAUCUGUUGCUUGAGUUUCUGCAAACACAUUCCUAUAGCCCUGUAUGAAAAGCUUGCAUUUCUUCCCCUGGAUGGAGGGAAAAGAAGAAAAGGGAGAAGCGGGAAAAGGUGAAAGAAGUUGGCAGGAAGGAGGCUUUGUUGGUGGAGCUGAUCCUGUCUUUGGGUCUCAUCAUGGGCUUAACCCAGGGAAUAAAGGCCCUGAAUUGAGCUUAGUUCAACAUGGACUCAUUUGUGAGCAUCCCAACAAGCGUCAAUGUGGUUUUUAAUUACCUGGGUGGGAAGGCAGGUCCUUGGUAGUCUGGAGAAUUUCUUUGGGGAAUGUAAGAAAUUUAGUGGCAGCAGUGACCAUUUCUAUUAUCUUGUGCUUCUGUGUUUCCUCCGUCCCAUCUUUAUGUCCUUUUCUCCUUUCCUUUUUUGCUUCCUUUACGUACCUUGAGCCAUCUAUGAUCCAGGACUCAUUCUGUUCCCACAUGUGUUCAAUGAAAUUGGAUCUGUUUGUUCUUGUUUAUGAAUCUGGGAUCGCCUUUGUUGGUUUGUGCAGGGAGGUGACCCACAAACCCUGAACUAAGUCUCUCCUGAUGUUUCGCCCACAUCUAUGACAGGCAUCCUCAGAGGUUGUGAGGUAUAUGUGAGAAACUAAGCAAGGAAGAUUUAUAUAUCUGUGGAAGUUCCCGGCUGUUGGGGAAGAACCCUUAUCUGUUGGAGGCCAGUGUGAAUGUUGUAAUUAAUCACCUUGAUUAGCAUUAAAUGGCCUUCCCUGCCUCACAUCCCAAGAGUUCUUUCCCCCCACCCAGGAACUUCCACAGAUACAUAAACCUCGAAUAAUACGGAGCUUCGGUUAACUGGGGCUCUACUGUAUUUCAAUUUUCGGCAUGAUCCAUAAAGGGUAAAGAAGAUAAUGUUGAAGGUAAACCAUGUUCAACCUUUUGCUUUUUCUUUCUUCACCAGGACAUGAGGGUACUGUGGAGCCAUCCCUGGCAUGACGAGAAAAACAACUAGUGGAUAUUAAGGAAUAUAGAAACCAAAGUGCAGUAAGAAAACCAGUCCUUCAGGGAAAAGAUCUUCCCAAGGAGCUGCUCUCGCUAAAUUCUUAAACUCAAUAUAGAAAGGGUAGAACAAGACUAAAGUGUCAAUUGUGCAAUUAUAUGUAUGUAACGCUGUUGACAUGGAGAAGAAAGCAUAUAAAUGUACUGAAUGUGGAAAGAGAUUUAGUCAGCCUCUGAAGGCACAUCAAAGGACUCACACUGGGGAGAAACCCUAUGUAUGCCUGGAGUGUGGAAAGAGCUUUGCUCAGAGUUCACAUCUACGUUCACAUCAAAGGAUUCACAGUGGAGAAAAACCCUACAAAUGCCUGGAGUGUGGAAAGAGCUUUUCUCAGAGCUCACACCUAAAUAUGCAUCAUAGAAUUCACACUGGGGAGAAGCCCUUUAAAUGCCUGGAUUGUGGGCAGAGCUUCACUGAAAGAGGUCAUCUGCGCUCACAUCAAAGGACACACACUGGGGAGAAACCCUAUACAUGCCUGGAGUGUGGACAAAGAUUCGCUCAGAGUUCAGGUCUACGUUCACAUCAAAGAACUCAUGCUGGGCAGAAAUCAUAUAAAUGCUUGGAGUGUGGAAAGAGCUUUACUCAUAAUGCAAGUCUAUAUUCACAUCAAAGGACUCACACAGGGGAAAAACCUUAUACAUGCCUGGAGUGUGGACAGAGCUUCACUCAGAGUUCAAAUCUACAUACACAUCAAAGGAUUCACAGUGGAGAAAAACCCUAUAAAUGCCUGGAGUGUGGAAAGGGCUUUGCUUAUAGUACAAGUCUGUAUUCGCAUCAAAGGACUCACACAGGGGAGAAACCCUAUACAUGCCUGGAGUGUGGACAAAGCUUCACUCAGAUUUCAAGUCUACAUUCACAUCAACGAACUCAUACUGGAGAAAAACUCUAUAAAUGCCUCGAGUGUGGAAAGAGCUUCACUCAUCAUGCAGGUCUGUGUUCACAUCGAAGGACUCACACUGGGGAGAAACCCUAUAAAUGCAUAGAGUGUGGAAAGAGCUUUACUCAGAUGGGACACCUACAUACACAUCAAAGGACUCAUACUGGGGAGAAGCCACAUAAAUGCCUGGAGUGUGGAAAGAGCUUUACUCAGAGGCAUCAUCUACGUUUACACCAAAGGACUCACACUGGGGAGAAGCCACAUAAAUGCAUAGAAUGUGGACAGAGCUUUGCCCGGGAGGGAAAUUUACGUUUACAUCAAAGAACUCACACUGGGGAGAAGCCCUUCAAUUGUAUGGUAUGUGGACAGAGCUUCAUUCAGAGGGAACAUCUACGUUCACAUCAAAGGACUCACACUGGGGAGAAACCACAUAAAUGCAUCGAAUGUGGACAGAGCUUUGCUUAUUAUGCAGGUCUGUAUUCGCAUCAAAGGACUCAUACUGGGGAGAAGCCACAUAAAUGCAUGGAGUGUGGACAGAGCUUUACUCAGAGGGAACAUCUACGUUUACACCAAAGGACUCAUACUGGCGAGAAGCCCUAUAAAUGCAUAGAAUGUGGACACAGCUUUGCCCAGAGGGGAGCUUUACAUAUGCAUCAAAGAACUCACACUGGGGAGAAACCCUAUACUUGUCUGGAGUGUGGAUGGAGCUUCGCUCGGAGGGCCCAUCUGCAGCGACAUGAAAGGACCCACACUGGGGAGAAACCCUAUAAAUGACUGGAGUGUUGACGAAGGUUCACUCACAGUGCAAGUGUCCAUUCUCAUCAAAGGACUCACACCUUGUAGAAACCAUAUACAUCCCUGGGAGGAAAUAAUUAAGUGUCUCAUUGGAUAGUAGUCUAGAAACAACAUUUGAAAGAUUACUAAAAUAUAACACUAUGAAACAAAAUUUGACAACUUUCUGUUCCUGGUUGAAAGUAUAAUUUCUUAUUUAAUUGUGUUGUACUUACUUUGAAAAUAGUUGUUAUACACUAGAGACUUUGUUUUUGUGGCUGCUACAAACUAUGUUGAAUUAGUGGCGAUUCUAAAACUACAGCCAAUUGGGCUGCAAGAUGUCCCGCAAGUUUAAUAGACUUUUCCCAUGUUAAUUAAAAGAUAGGACCAAUUAUGAAAUGAUAUUUAUAGCCCAGGAACAAAAAUCAUGUUACAUAAUGUAAUUGAAGCAAGAAUCCUUUAUCCUCAGAGAUGAAAGGUAGUACAGUAGAGUCUCAGUUAUCCAACACUCGCUUAUCCAACGUUCUGGAUUAUCCAACGCAUUUUUGUAGUCAAUGUUUUCAAUACAUCGUGAUAUUUUGGUGCUAAAUUCGUAAAUACAGUAAUUACUACAUAGCAUUACUGCAUAUUGAACUACUUUUUCUGUCAAAUUUGUUGUAUAACAUGAUGUUUUGGUGCUUAAUUUGUAAAAUAAUAAUCUAAUUUGAUGUUUAAUAAGCUUUUCCUUAAUCUCUCCUUAUUAUCCAACAUAUUCGCUUAUCCAACGUUCUGCCGGCCCGUUUACGUUGGAUAAGCAAGACUCUACUGUAGUUAUCCCAACUCAAGGAAACUGACUGAAGAAGAUCCAUAAACUAGCAGAGAUGGAGAAACUGACUUGGCUGAUUAAGGAGAAAUCUUGGAUCACUUUCAAGAAACACUGGAACUUUUAAAUCAUUUUCAAUAACAAUAGGAGCAGAGAUAUGUCAAGUGUAAGAUUUAUGAAUUAGAAUAGUGGUACAAAAGCAGGUGUGUGUUUAUAUAGGAUUGUCUAAAUUGAAUAGAAUAAAAAAGUAUAAAAACCAACAGAUAGAUCCUGUGAGGUUUGUGGAAUCAGACCCGUAUCAUCAUUUUAGCACUGCUAGUCUUCCCAACCAGGAUCAUUGGAUUCUUUGCCGUAUUUCGAGAUCUAUUUUGGCUUCCUUGCAUGCCUUCCCACAGUUGUCUUGAAAUAGAUUGCUUUCAUUAGUCAUCCAUAUUCCUAGGUGUUGGAAAUCAGCCCCACACUGCUCAAGUCUGCAGUCCUCAAUGAGGAACAGUUAGCUUUAGAACAGGCUGAGAGAAUCCCUUUCCGCCGGCUCCUGAAUGUCGAUUGGAAUCUAUCUAUUUGUUUGUUCUCUCUUUCUCUCUCUUCUCCUUCCAUCCUGAUUGGUGGAGUAGAAUAGAUCCUUUUCUGGGCACAUGCCUUUGUUUCAGACUUUCUGCUUUGUCCAUCUUAACACUCAGACCUCUGUGUUGUCGAAGGCUUUCAUGGCCGGGAUCACAGGGUUGUUGUAUGUCUUUCGGGCUGUGUGGCCAUGUUCCAGAAGUAUUAGGAGAGAAUACUUCUGGAACAUGGCCACACAGCCCAAAAGACAUACAACAACCACUCAGACCUCUCUCUGCUUUUUGUGUGUUUGAAGAGAUGUAGCGUUUGGAGGUUUUUCCUCUCUUUUAGACCCUAGAGGAGAUGGAGUUGGAGAGAAGCUCAGACCCAAUCUUUUGCUAUCGAGAAAUAUAGUUAUUAUUUUUGUAAAUAGAUCUUUUGAAACAUUAAAGAUUGAACUCUGCAUCUUUGCUUUUUUACGACCACAACACUUCACCUUUGCUUGCUGUGAGCUAACUGCUCAGUUACGUAUCCUGGUUAUGUUUUGGAUGCUCUGCUGUUUUGGGGAGAUUUCCCUGACACUGGGUACUUAACCUUUCUUGUGACCUUACAUCAGGUUUGGGCAAACUAAGGCCUGGGGGCCGGAUGCGGGCCCCUGGGUGCUUCCCUCAGGACCUCUUAUUUUCCUUGUCGUCUUGGCAUGCAGACAUGGUGGCCAAAAAGGUGAGAGAGGAAGGCAUGCCGCUGCUGAGAGCACUCUGGAGUGCUCUCGGCCACCGCGUGUCUUGUCCUCCUCCCGGCAUGACAAAAGAUGACGAAAGAAACUAAUAAAAUGAUUUCUAAAAAGAUCAAGAAAAACUCAGAAAAAUGUCUCCUGGGCUGGUUCCAAGAGAGAAUUAGUUAAGGCAAAAUUAGAAGUUUUGUGGCUGCGAGCAUUACAAUAGCAAAGUCUCGGAAGUGGGGAAAAGAACUAUUCAUUAAGGACUGGAGAUGAAAAUUACUCGAGUGCAUCCAAAUGGCCAAGUUCCCCGAUGGUUUAAGGGGAAGAAACAAUGAAGGGUUUGUUACAAAAUGGGGAAUUGCCUUUAGGUAUUAAAAAAAGAAGAGAAUAAUAGAUUUUAAAAUAGCCGCACGAGGAAUUUAUUAAUGUAAUGAUAAGGAUAGAGUUUUGUUAGAGACUAGUUCCAUAUGGCAUGGUGUCAGAAGUCAUGGGUGGGGGUCUCUGAGUGGGAAUGGGGAUGGGACUGGGGAGAUAAUACGUGUAUCUUGACUGCUGAAUUUUGAAAAUUGUAUGGAUUUUUAAAAAAUACCACACUAAAAAUUUAUACAAAAAAAGAGAAAAAAAUAGACCCAUAUCUGUUGGCCUACUUGUUAGUGUAGUUUGUGUAUGUGUUUGUCUAUGUAGGUGUGUGUUUUGUUGUUGUGUUUUGUUAUGAAUAACUUUUCAAUAACUUUAAAGCAUAGGUGUCUUUUAUUGCAAUUUCAGUGUGAGAGGGAAUAUCAGAACUUUUACAAAGCAACAUUUAGACGUACAGACAUAUAGAUUCCAUACAACUACAUUGGAUUCACAAACAGCCUACAGUUAUAUUGGUUAAUAAACAAACAAACGGGGGUUACAUUUUCAGCGUCUCUGUCACAAUUUCUGGAUCGUCAUAAGUUCACUUAUAUAGCAAUAUUUUGCUGCUGUUGUUUCAAAGUUGUAAAUGAAUACGAGACGUCUUCCAUCUUGGCUUUGUCUUUGUCUCAGCUUCCUGGACCAGAUGUUGACUCUUCUUGAUUGGUGUUGGCCUUUUGUUGACUUCCUUCUUAAUGUUGUAAUGAUUUCCUUAACUUGAUGUAAACAUUUCUCUUAUCGUUGCCACAGUUCUUAUCACAGUUAGCAGGCAGGUCAACUAUUUCAGGUUUCAUUCGCAGCUUUUAAUUACAGUUCAGCAAGCAGGCAGUUCGUCAUUGCAGGCCUUAAUAUUUUAGAAUUGUGUCUCCAAACUAUGAGCUCAAACUAUUCAUUCAUCCCUUCCAUUCAGUUCAUUCUUACCCACACAUAUUUUAUAUUUCAUUUAUCAAAUCUGCACAUUUUUGUGACACAGUCGUUUCUAAUUUAGUUUUGUCAUAGUAGCUGGUUAUUUAGCUGCAUACGUUUAGCAUUAUGCAUUAUAACAAUCCUGCUUCUUUUUGUGGUAUUAAUGAUUUUUUAUCUUUAAAAUGUUUUUUAAAAGGUCAGAAAUUUAGAAAGGUUAAAAUUGAUGAGACUGGUGUGGCCAAUUCACCUGAUUUUAGACCAGUGUGGGGUUUAAUGCCUGGUUUAUGGUGCUUUUAAGGUUGGCCGCAUUGCACUGGAGUUGAUGGUUAUACUUCAAAUAGGAUUAUCACUCUUCUGUUUAGUGGAACAUACAUGCACUGUUUUAAUAAUUUAUUUUCACCAUCUUGUCUAUUAUUUCAAUAAAUCUUUAAUUGAUCCUCUUUUGGAUAUCUUUGAUUUUCAUUUCUACUUAUCUUAAUUCUGUCAGGAAAGCGCUAAAUUGAGACACAUCACCUUCAGUCUCAAUUUCUCUUCUCAUCCAGCGAUCUAGCAAUCUGCUUAGAUGCACAGACAUAAAUCCACACUUCUCUGCUGUCGGCUGAAGCCAGUGGUUCUCAUAUUUAUUGAAGUAAUUACACUAUUUACAUAGCAUGGACAGAUCCUAACUUCUAAGCAUCCAACAAGAUUGAUGGCGAGGAGAGAAGCUCACUAUCUCCUAACUCAUAGAAUCAUAGAAUCAUAGAAUAGUAGAGUUGGAAGAGACCACAUGGGCCAUCUAGUCCAACCCCCUGCUAAGAAGCAGGAAAUCGCAUUCAAAGCACCCCCGACAGAUGGCCAUCCAGCCUCUGCUUAAAAGCCUCCAAAGAAGGAGCCUCCACCACGGCCCCGGGGAGAGAGUUCCACUGUCGAACAGCCCUUCUCACAGUGAGGAAGUUCUUCCUGAUGUUCAGGUGGAAUCUCCUUUCCUGUAGUUUGAAUGUAGUUUGAAUGUCAACACUCGCAUUCCAGAGCAGUGACCAAUGUCCUGUUACGUAUCCAGAAACUGCACACUGUUUCCCUCUAGCAAUCUCUCUCUCUCUCUCUCUCUCUAUGCAUUUAACUCUAACACUACUGGAAUGCUGUAUUGCAUUGUAGGCACACACACAAAUCAUUUGGUUUAAAAAAGGUGAAGACCUGGCUUUGCGAACAAGCGUUUAAUGAAUGAAUUGUGAUGGCUUUAACUCGGUCCGGAUUAAGGUUAUGUGCAAGGUUUAUGUGGACGAAUGGAUUAAGUAUUUUUAUUGUACUGUGUUAAAUGUAUUUAUUGGAUUAUUUUAAAUUGAUUCUUUUAAUUGUUAUGUUUUAUUUUUGUGCUGUAUACCGGCAUUGAAUUUGCCAGAUUGUGAGCCGCCCUGAGUUCCUUCGGGUGAGAAGGGCGGCAUAGAAAUGAUGGAAAUAAAUAAAUAAACCAUAAGUGAAAUUUCACUCUACGCAAUACAUUCCUCCAACAAAAUCCACAUUUAAAAACAACUGAAUUUCUUUUUCAUGGAUGUGAUUACUCGUGUAUUUGUAAUCCAUAAUAAAUAGGAUUUUUUUUUGAGAUUUCCCCACACAAUCCUUCCCGACAGAUGACCAUCCAGCCUCUGCUUUAAAGCCUCCCAGAAAGGAAGGAAGGAGACUCCCUGGAAGUCUAUAUCCCACCCUCAAACAACGCUUACUGUUUGCCUAAACUUGGACCACGAGUCCCAGCGCUUUCCUUCUGAAUAGGUUUUGACCCUCUGGUCUCAUUUCCAAUGUCAGUGCUGGAACCUGCUUCUUCCUGGGAGUCCGGGGGAGUUUCCUCCUCUGAAGGCUUUAAAGCAGAGCCUGGGUGGCCACCUGUCGGGAGGGAUUGGGUGGUGUCUUUUUGCCAUCCUGGGUUACUUUUAAGCUCUGAUUCUGCAUCCUUUAUUGGGCUGGAACAAAACUCCCAAAAGCCCCUCCUCAGGGAGAUAUGGAGAGGGAGGAAUCUCAGGGUGAAAGCAGUGCCUUGAAAAUCGAAUACAGAAGGUUAAUAUAUAUUCUAGCGAGCAUGUGCUGGUGGUUGGUAGAUCUCUGUGAACGCCUGGAUAUCCAUCCUUUGGGGUCCCUUCAACCGCUGUUAUCAACCGCAAUUCAGUAUGGAUCGGCCCUGUGAGGGAGAUCCGAUCCGUUUCUCAGAUGAGGGAACGAACCUUGGCGAGCCGACCGAAAAGUAUAAAAUAACCCGGAAUAUAAUUUACCUGAGACCGAAAGAAAAAGGCUCUGCCAAGUUGAAGGAAAAAACGUCAAAGUGUUUAUUAAAGCGAUUCAGCUGAAAAGGACAUCAAGCUGGGAUAGUUCGACAUGCAAGAUGUAACAUUUCCGUGAAAAUAAAGCCAUUUUAUACAUU